UAUGAGGAAUAAAAACAACCACCUCUACAAACCAUCUAUCUCUCUCCACCAAUCCAAACAUAGCCUUAGCUUUUAUUGAGAGUGGUUAAGUGACAUGAGCCCACUUUUAAUAAUUUCCUCAAGAUCAAGAGCAAUGAUGAUAUGGGAAGCCUUUCUGGUUAUUCUGGUAAUCUACACUGCUUGGGCAUCUCCUUUCGAGUUUGGUUUUCUGAGAAAACCAGGAGGCCCGUUGUCUAUUCUGGACAACAUUGUGAAUGGAUUCUUUGCAAUAGACAUCGUCCUCACCUUCUUUGUAACAUACCUGGAUAGAACCACAUGCCUUCUUGUAGAUGACAGAAAACAAAUUGCUUGGAAGUAUGCAACUACUUGGCUGGCAUUCGAUGUCAUAUCCACAAUCCCUUCGGAGGUUGCUUUGAAAGUUAUGCCAAAACCUCUAUCAUAUGGCUUGUUCAAUAUGCUUCGCCUCUUGCGUCUUCGUAGACUGGAGAAAGAUAGAAAUGUUAACUAUAUCUGGGUUCAGUGUGCAAAGCUUAUUUGUUGCCACUUCCCUCUAAACUUGCCGUGGUCUACACCGGACUGGAAGUGGUUUCUACAGGUCACUCUAUUUGCUGUGCAUUGUGCUGGGUGUUUCUUUUAUCUUCUGGCUGCUGAUUAUCGAGACCCAAAAAUGACAUGGAUAGGGGCAUCUAUGGAAGAUUUCCAUCACAAGAGUCUAUGGGUUCGCUACGUGACUUCCAUAUAUUGGUCAAUCACAACCCUCACAUCUGUUGGGUAUGGUGAUCUGCACGCUGUUAAUACCCGGGAGAUGAUUUUUGACAUUGUCUACAUGCUUUUCAACUUGGGCCUCACUUCUUACUUGAUAGGAAACUUGGUUGUCCUUGGCACCAGCAAGACAAGACGAUUUGGUGAUGUUGUUCUUGUAUGGUCUGCUUGGGUCUUUUUGGAUGUCGGGCUUUGGAGGGAUAAGACUAUAUUUACCCAAAUAACAUUUAAUACAGAAAACAUGUUAGCAAGGGGAAGAAUGGAGCUGCCCCUCACCCUUUGCUUUGCGACACUCAGAGGGGACCAUUUGCUGUUGAAUCACUUGUUGAAGAGGGGCUUAGACCCUAACGAAUCCAACAACAACGGCAGAACCGCUCUUCAUAUAGCAGCAUCCAAAGGACAUGAAAGCUGUGUGGUUCUUCUUCUGGACUUUGGUGCAAAUCCCAACCUUAAAGAUUCUGUAGGGAGUGUACCAUUAUGGGAGGCCAUUUUGGGAAAACAUGAACCGGUCAUUAGGCUACUUUUGGGCAACGGUGCAAAAAUAUCUUUAGGGGAUGUAGGCCAAUAUGCAUGUCUGGCAGCAGAGCAGAACAACCUUGAGCUCCUCAAAGAAAUUGACCAUUGUGGCGGGGAUGUAACCCUCCCCAAAACCAAUGGGCCCACCACGACGGCUCUCCACGUCGCCGUCUGCGAAGGCAAUGUGGAGGUUGUCAAAUGCCUCUUGGAGUGUGGGGCCGAUGCCAGGAAGCCGGACGAGUACGGGUGGACCCCACAAGACCUCGCAGAGCAACAAGGGCAUGAGGAUAUCAUUGCGCUGUUCAAAUCCCUCACUGAGGACCGUCGUUCCAUCUACGUUGCUGGCUCUCAAGACCAGCCAAAUGGGUCUCGCUUUCUCGAUAAGUUCAAAAACAAGCCCAAGAUGCUCCCAGCCUAUGCCGCUAGACAGGUUGACGGGUCUAUGUGGUGGCUGUCCCACCCCAGGCGGCAUAGGACAAACGGCUUCCACGACUCGCUGUUUGGCAUAAUGUCCACUGCCCAUAAAGAUAGUGACCAAACUGCCCGCUUCCCCGUGAAGGAAACCGCAUCAGCGGAAAAGCGUUACGCCUCGACGAGAGUGACUGUAAGCUGCCCCGAGAAAGGAGACAUCACCGGGAAGGUGGUGUUACUGCCUGAGACCUUCGAAGAGCUGCUCCAUAUCGGGGUUAAGAAGUAUGGUUUCUUGCCUUCAAAGAUUCUGAGCAAAUCAUCAGGAGCAAGAAUAGAUGACAUUGUAUUGAUCAGAGAUGAUGAGCAUUUAGUUUUUGCAGGUGACAAUAUAACAUCAUCAUGUGUCAAAUAAACCCCCAAAACUUUUUUUUGGAGUAAAAUUUUAUUCGGUUU